AUGAGCUUCGGAGACCGCUACACCGUGUCAUCCUACCGCAAAAUCUUCGGAGAUUCUCCCAGAUUCUCCUCCUCUGCCUCCCGCAUGGGCAGCGCGCCUCCUCGCUCCAUCCCGGGGCUCAGAGCCAUGGCUGCGCCGCGCCACAGCGCGUCCUCAGUGGGGAUGUACAGGCGGACCGGACGGUCCUCUGCUGCCUCCUCUAUGGUACCCACCGGCUCUCUUGAUCUAAGCCAAACCUCUGUGGUCAACAGCGAGUUCAAAGUGAUCAGAACCAACGAGAAGGAGCAGCUGCAGGGUUUAAAUGACCGCUUCGCUAUGUUCAUUGAUAAAGUCCGGCUGCUAGAGCAGCAGAAUAAGGUUCUGGAGUCGGAGCUGGUGAGCCUUCGGCAGAAACAUGGCGAGCCCUCCCGCGUUGGUCUUCUCUACCAGCAGGAGAUGAGAGACCUGCGCUCCCAGCUGGAAGAGCUGAACAGGGACAAGAACCACAUACUGAUUGAGAGGAACAACAUGGAGGACGAGCUGCAGAAGCUCAGUGUGAAGUAUGAUGAGGAGGUGAGGGCACGGGAGGAGGCAGAGCAGACACUGAGGUCUUUCAGGAAGGAUGUGGAUGAUGCAGCAGCUGUUCGCUUGGACCUGGAGAGGCGCCUGGAGUCGCUAACGGAUGAGAUCUCCUUCCUAAAGAAGGUGCAUGAGGAGGAAAUGGAGGAGCUCAGUACCAUGAUGGAGGCGCAGCAAGUCUCUGUGGAGCUUGAGCUCGCCAAACCUGACCUAACCUCUGCACUGAAGGAGAUCCGCAGCCAGUACGAGUCCAUCGCCUCCAAAAACCUGCAGUCGGCAGAAGAGUGGUUCAAGAGCAAGUUUGCGAGCCUUAGCGAGCAAGCAACCAGGAGUAACGAGGCCAUGAGGGCGAGCAGGGAGGAAAUCAACGAGUUCAGGAGGCAGCUGCAGUCUAAGACUGUCGAGAUAGAGACCCUGAGGGGUGCCAACGAGUCUCUAGAGAGACAGAUCACCGAGAUGGAGGACACGCACAAUGCUGAGGUCACAGCCAUGCAGGAUACCAUCAGCCACCUGGAUACUGAGCUGAGGAACCUGAAGGGGGAGAUGGCUCAGCACCUGAGGGAGUACCAAGACCUCCUUAAUGUCAAGAUGGCUCUGGAUAUCGAGAUAGCUGCUUACAGAAAAUUACUGGAGGGGGAGGAGACUCACUUUAACUCUGGGAUGUCAUUCAGCUCUUCAAGCUAUGGCUACCAAACCAGAGGUGCUACCGAAUCGUUCAAAAGCAGCCAAAGAGAGAAAGGAGGAGCCGCAAAGGAAAGCUUCAAGGACAUCAGCGAAGACAAAGAAGAGGCUGACAUUAAUUCCAAUAACUGA